UACCUCUAUCGAUCAGGUGCUCGUGGUACGGAGAAGCAGCUGAGCAAAAGAGAGAGGGAGAGAAAUAAAGAAAGAGAAGAGAAGAGAGGAGAAGAGAGGCCCGCGCGGCGAUAAACCAAUAACUAGCCCUUUCGUCUGAUAAGUCGAUCGUCUGUCUAUUUAUAAAAAUAAACCCACCCGCAGCCGCCGCCAUGGACCCCGUGCGUCAUCGACUCGACCGUAGCUAUGAUCUCCGGUUACCAGAGCUCACGUACAGCCAUGCGGUCCCCUCUUCCGAUCACGAUCACAGGGUGUUCCGUGCUGUCCAGGACCCGUUAUCUCUUGGAGCUGGAACUGGAGCUGGAGCUAGAGCUGGAUCGAGCCGUCGAGGACUAGGAAUGGUACAACUCUCCCUGAAGUGGUGCGACCAUCGGAUUCGAGGCUGCCCGUUCGAGUGCGAUUCGAAAAGAGCCUUAUGCGAGAGAUGUGAGGACAAACAGUGUGGUGUGAUCCACGGUUAGGUGUCUGUUUUUUUUUUUUUUUUUGUUUUUUUGUUU